UUAUCUUACCACCUUCCGCACUGGCAAAACUAGCUAGUUUGGAAAUAGAAUAUCCGAUGUUGUUUGAAUUACGUAAUCAAAAUGGACAACAACAUUCGCACGCCGGAGUUCUUGAAUUCAUUGCCGAAGAAGGUCGUGUUUAUUUACCUUAUUGGAUGAUGCAGACUUUGCUGUUGGAUCAAGGUGACAUUAUUGAAAUAAAAAGCGCAGAAUUGCCUUUAGGUACCUUUGUAAAGAUUCAACCACAAACUGUUGAUUUCUUGGAUAUAAGUGAUCCGAAAGCUGUGCUGGAAAAUGCUUUUCGAAAUUUCUCAACCUUGACACAAGGGGAUCUUAUCCAAAUAAAUUAUAAUAAUAAAAUUUAUGAGAUUUUGGUAUUAGAAGUUAGACCCGGUAAUAAUGAACCUGGUAAUAACGGUAUUUCAAUUGUUGAAACAGAUUUGGAGGUUGACUUUGCGCCACCUGUGGGUUACGUAGAACCAAAACCACAACCAAAACCAUCAAUGGCAAAUAAGAUAAAAAUAGAAGAUCCUCCUACAGAUACAAAGGGAUUUUCAGCUUUUCAGGGAAGUGGACAACGGUUGAAUGGAAAGUCCGUAAAAUCAUCAUCACCUACAGCUUCAGAUUCAAAUGGUACACUUACUGCAAAAUUAAAAGAGUUAAGUGAAAAUGAUGACGUUCCUGCACCGUUGAAUUUACCGUUUGGCAAAUUGUUCUUUGGGUAUAGAUUACGUGCUCCGAAAGCGGAGGCGGGAUUAAGUCAACCAUCAUCCACAUUUGACGGUAAAGGUUAUUCUUUGAAAUAA